AGCGCGUCGGAGCCAUUAUUGAAGUCAGUUAAAAAAAAAUUUAUUGUGGCACAGAAUUUUAAAUGAUUAUAACUGAUUUUUCUUUUUACAGUGUAGUAAGAUGGUUCCCUCCAAACCUAAAAAAGAAGAAUCCAGACGUUCAUCAAUUCUUAAACCACAAAAAUCCAGACAGCCAUUGCAGAAAAUAAAUAUCAAUUCCUCAUCUAAUGAAGAUACUCCAGCCACAUCAAAGGUCAAGAGACGUGUUAGUUUUGCAGAAAAGAAACAUGUUAAAGAAUUUUGCCAUUCCACGGAGCAAGGAACUGUAUGGGAUAACACAUACGAAGAACAUGAUUCUAGUCUCAAAGCAUCUUUUAGGACAGAUCAAAAUACAAAAGUUGAAUCCAAGGAAAAUGCAUCAAAAGUUACUUCUAAAGGUGACUAUACAGCUGUUGGCACUGAAGCCAAUUCAAGUCAUAGAAAUGAUUUUAAUCUAACAGAUAGUCAGCCACAUGCUUCUGCCAUAGAAUUCUAUGAAAAUGAUAAGGAUAAUGAUUUAAAUCCCACUAAUCCAAUAGAACAUGUAGAAAUAUUUAGUCAAAAACUUCUACUUGGGCAAACUAUUCUGUCAAAUGUAUCUAAAAGCACAUCAAGCAAUAUUGUUACUGUAUAUGUAGACAAUGAUAAAGAGAAUGAUUCACAUGUUAUCAGUAAUGAAUAUUGUCCAGAGAUAUGUACUAAUAAAGUUGGCUCUGAAAUGGAGAGAACAUGUAUCCAAGAUCAAUCUAUGGAAUUGACUAUGAUGAUACCAACAUCUUCAGUGAAUUGUGAUAUAGAAGAUAAUAAGCAAAAAGAUACACAGAAAGAUAAUGUUGCAUCACAUCAGGAUUUUGACACAAAUUAUACUACCAUGGAAAUGACUAAGGUAGCGUCAUGGAGAAACAAAACAGAAAUAUACGAUCCAAUUUCAAAACAAGAGAAUAUGUAUGAAAGAAAGGAUAUGAACAAUUCAAUUACUUUUACUGAAAGAACCAGAUCAUUACACAAGUCUAUGGAUAUUACUGAAACUGUAUCAGUCCCCUCAUAUCACGAGAAAAUGUAUAAUAUCGAACAUGCUGUAGAAUCAUUGGUCCCUAAUUGCAAUAAUGAACCGAUAGAGAUUACUCAGGCUAUUUCAAGAUCUGUAGAGCCUAUCAAGUCUGAUUUAGAAGUUUCCAGGAAAAUUUCAGUAAUAAUGCAGAAUUGCACAAAUAAAAGGCGUGACACCACAAGUAACAGCUCGACAUCUCCGAUAAAUUUACAGGCAACUAAGAAUAUUGUUUCUAAACGGAUACAAAAUGAUUAUUCCAGUUCACAUCUUAUGCCAGAUAAUUCCAUAAAAUUAACGAGCGUAAUACAAUCACGGAUCGUAGCAGAUUCUGACACAUUUAAUCCGAAUGAUAACAAAAACAAUACAAAUUUUAACACUUCAAUGGAAAUGACUAUUGCCCUACCAUCUAAAAUAUACAAACAAAAUGCUACACAGCCUUGUAACAAAAGUGCAGUUGAAGAAAAUAGUUUGAAGGAAAAUUGUGAAACUGAAGGUACGGAUAAAACUGAAUUCUUCAACGAUGUACCAAUGGAAAUGACGAGACCUAUAAGCAUGUACGAAAAAAACAUUCCGUAUUUCCAUGAUGAAGAUACAGUUUCAGGAAAACAUUUGCGAAAAAAUCGUAAAAUUAGCGAGAAUUCUGAUAAAACUGAGUUCUUCAAUGACGCCCCAAUGCAAAUGACGAGACCUAUCAAUGUGAUAUUACCUAUGAACGUUUACGACAAAGAGAAUUUGAGAACAGACGAGCUUAUGUUCGGAGAUAAUAAAAAUACGUUUUCGCAGAAUACAUCCAUAGAAAUGACUAAGACAAUAUCGUCAAGAAACGGAAGAGAAAUUUUCAAUCCAAUUAUUCGUGGAAAGAACAUAUGUGAGACAGAGAAUGAGAAUUCUAUUACUUUCAGUGAAAGAACCAAAUUAUUAUGCAAAUCUAUGGAUAUUACCGAAGCUGUUCCGGAUCCUUGGUUGCACGAGAAGAUGUGUAAUAUUGAGAACACUGCAAAAUUUGCGGAAGCAUUGAUUUCUCGCAAUACUACAACGCCAAGAACACAUUUGCCCGAAGAAAAUUCCGCACGAUUGCCACUCCAAACUGAAUCAGCUGUAAAUAAUGAUGAAACAAUUCACAAUGCAUCAAUGGAAAUUACUGCCGCAGGUCCGUCGAUUAUGCAUCAUAUAGGAAACAUUAAACUACACAGAACGGAAAAUUUGAGUGUUUCUAGAAGCAAUGAAUUUCAACGUCCAACAGCAAAUGAUGUAACAGAGUUUAGAAAGAGCGAAAUAAGAGAAAAUGUUACAAUUCCAAGAGAAACUGUGGGGACAACAAAUCUACACAGUGCAUCAUCUAAUACUCGUGUUUUAACAAACAAUUUUAAUUAUUCGUUAAGUUCAACCUUGACAAAUGCUUUAUUACACGAGUCUAUGGGUAUUACUAAAGCUGUUCCAAGUCCUUUCUUGCACGAGGAAACAUGUAAUAUCAAGCGCACUGCGGAAUCCUUGAUUUCUCGCAAUACUACAACGCCAAGAACACAUUUGUUCGAAGAAAAUUCCGCACGAUUACCACUCCAAACUGAAUCAGCUAUAAAUAACGAUGAAACAAUUCAUAAUGCAUCAAUGGGAAUUACUGCCGCAGUUCCGUCGAUUACGCAUCAUAUAGGAAACAUUAAACUACACAGAACGGAAAAUUUGAGUGUUUCUAGAAGCAAUGAAUUUCAACGUCCAACAGCAAAUGAUGUAACAGAGUUUAGAAAGAGCGAAAUAAGAGAAAAUGUUACAAUUCCAAGAGAAACUGUGGGGACAACAAAUCUACACAGUGCAUCAUCUAAUACUCGUGUUUUAACAAACAAUUUUAAUUAUUCGUUAAGUUCAACCUUGACAAAUGCUUUAUUACACGAGUCUAUGGAUAUUACUAAAGCUGUUCCAAGUCCUUUCUUGCACGAGGAAACAUGUAAUAUCAAGCGCACUGCAGAAUCUUUGAUUUCUCGCAAUACUACAACACCAAGAACACACUUGCCCGAAGAAAAUUCCGCAAAAUCGUCACUCCAAACUGAACCUAAUAAUAAAACGAUUCAUGAUACAUCAAUGGAAGUUACUGCUGCAGUUCCAUCGGCUAUACGUCAUAUUGAAAACAUUACACUAAAUGGAACGGAAAGUUUGGAUGUUUCCAAAAGAAAUGAGUUUCCACGUCCAGUAACAAAUAAUGUAACAGAGUUGAAGAAGAGUGAAAUAAGAGAAAAUGUUACAAUUCCGAGAGAAAUCGUGGAGACAACAAAUCUACAUAAUGCAUCAUCUAAUAAUACUCGUGUUUUAACAAACAAUUUUGACCACUCGUCAAGCGUAACCUUGACAAACGUCAAUAGAAAAAGACGAAGUCAUGAAGACGAAAGUACAAAUGCGAAGAAGUUCCGCAGCGAUUCUCUCGAAGAGUCUCAGCCCCCUGUUUGUCACAACAUACAUUCAUCUUCCGACAAUGAUGAUAAACAUGUUAAAAACGAACGUUCAACGGAGGACACGAUUGAUCCUACACAAAUCUCGAAACUACCAUGCGGAUCAAAUGUUAAUGAUAGUUUGAACAAUAUUGACGAUUGUAGCUUCUUAAAAAAGAAUCUAGAAAACAGUCUCGUGGAAUUGCAGUCGAUUAAUCCUCCGUCGUUUGUCUAUAUGAGUGAGGAUGAGAACUCCCUCUUCGAGGGAAUUUUGUGGGAAGAUAAACCUCAUGUGUCAAUCGAUACUGUCCCGAUCAAUAAUAAGAAUAUUAAUUCUCAGAGAUUAGAGACGACUGAUGUCGAACAGGAUGAGACAAAAGACUGCCACAGAAGCGCCGUGACGAAUGCAAUUGAACAUAAUCGGGAAACUGAUGGCCAAGCAAGAACAAUUAUCGACGAUAAUCUAAUCGAUGAAUCAAAUCGCCACGCAACAGAUAGAGAGCAUCUCGAUGGAGGUGAAAGCGCAAGUAACGUUAACCGUAGAAAGACGGCAACACUAUUUAGUAUUGAUCAUUUCACUGAAACAAAGGUAACGAGAAAAGAUCAAGAAGAAAGAGAAAUGGAUGAAGAGGAAUAUACUCUGGAUGAGGUAAACAAUGAUGAGGUAGAAUUACCGAAUAUCGAGCAGGAACAAUGCAUAGAGGUAAGGGAGGAAGUAGAACGUCACAUUGAUCACCUGAAAGAGACAGAAGCUAUAUUUGAAGAUGAAGUGAAUCUUCAAAUGUCGAUCGAGGAAGAUCAAGGUGUAUAUUGCCAAGAACAUUCAAAUGGUAAAAUAAAUCAGCAAGGUGUAGAACAAAAGGAAGACUACGUAGAAAAGAGACUCGACGCGAAGCAGUGCUCUAACGAGACUAAAGAAGAGCCUUUAGUCGAACAGGAUCCGUUCUUGUCGCUGUCGCAAAAAAUAGAAGCACUUGCCGAGGGGGAAAACUGCAUUUGGAACGUGUAUUACAAAAAUGUCGAUAGGAAAAUGAUUGCGUUCGGUUUCAUGUCGAAUUCAUUGUUGAUAAUAACAUUUUUAUCAGACAAUCUGAGUCGUCCCGAAGAGAAUUUAAUUAAUGAAAUCAAGAUUAUCUCCCGCCUUGCAGAUGACGCAGAUGUACUAAUAAAGAUAGUUCACGGAUUAAUUCUGGAGAAAAUCAACGUGGAAACAUUUACGCACUCGUACAGUACUCACGAGGACGUUCUUUCGAUGCUAGACUUGAUUUCGCAAGAGGUGAAACUAGCGAUGAAUUUCAUGUUUGAUUUAAAGCGUUUGGACGACUUAAACUUGAUGGAGAUCGCUCGCGAUAAAAUUUCGUUCGUGUCUCGAAGCAAAUGUAUGAAUAUUAUAUUGAAGAUCACGAUCAAUGUUAAACGUUUCGAUAAGCUUACUCCAAAUGAUGUUAACAUUCACUGUUUGCUGGGCACGAUAAAAGAAACGGACAUUAAAAAAUUGAUUAAAAAUGUGAAAAAGAAUCACAAGUUUCUGAGUCGAUAUAUGAACGACGUGAAGAAUUAUAUAGAUAUAAUGGAGGAGAUUUCAACGACUCCCGGUUGACUGAAUUGACCGAGUCAACACUCCAUAAAAAUGUCAUUUAAAUCACAUUUUAAUUAGAAGAAAUAAAAUAUUCAAUAUAUUUUGUAAA